AGAACGGCCACGGCUACAGUUGCUGACCAGCAGUUUGAAGAGUAUUGUACUCCACCGUGAAGCUGUGCAACGAUGCGUUCCGUUUUUCUUCUCACCACUACGACUCUGGUGCUGCUGAGCACGACUGCCUACGCCUGGCUGUACGACACGACGUCUGUCGACUGUCUGCAGUCUCAAUGGACAGAGUGGAUGAAGGUUGGCUACAACACCCGCCUCCGUUCCAGGGUGAUCCUACGUCACCCGUCCAACGGCGGGACUGGUUGCGGUCCUAACGAGGAAACGGAACAGCUGCCCGCAGGUGAGACGAUCACCCCCCAGGAAACGGCACGAGCCUUCGACACGUUCUUCCUGAAGGGUCAAACCAGCCUUACCCGGAGCCCCGAGAAAGAGCGAGAUCUGCUCGUCAUCCUCGAUGAGUCUGGCAGUAUUACAUCUCCGGUUUUCUACGAUGCAAGGGACGCAUUGGGUGAAUUGCUGGGCUAUAUCUGCCCCGGUAUAGGCCCAAAUUAUCCAUACCACCAGGUCGCGUUCAUGACCUUCAGCUCGAGAUUCACAGAGCACUUUGACUUCAAUGACUAUGGUACCUACGCGGGCGUGAGAAAUGCAAUUUCGCAGGUCACUUAUUCAAGUGGCGGUACAGCUACUCACGAGGCCCUUGACUACGCCCGAACAACCAUGUUCGCAAACGGAGACUUCAGCGUCUCUACCAAGGGACUACGCUCUGGGUCUCUGAAGGAGGUCCUUCUGAUCACCGAUGGGCAGCCCAAUGACGCCUCUGCAACUGUAGCGGCGGCUCAAAGGCUACAAAACAUCGGUGUUUCUGUAUUUGCUCUGGGCAUCGGCAACGUUGUCAACAGCCACAUGGAGCAGCUGGUUUCAGAACCAGAGUACAAACACAUUUUCCACCUCGAGUCCUUCGAUGACUUCCACACCAUGGUGGAGGCCGUGGAAUCGGUGUACAGUACUGGUGAGAGAUGCGUCAACCUUAACCCGUGGAGUCGCCGUGGAGUGGCAUGAGCUUCGUUUUUAUGUUGCGUCCGUCUGCGUCGUUAAAACAACGUUCAGACAUGCUUGAACAAAUUCUGACAAUAGGUUGAAUAAAACAUAUUGAUGAA